CGCCCACAAUCAUGCCCACGGACAGGCGGGGACGAGCACGUCUCUGGAGUCGUCGAUGGGCGGCCCGGUGGUGGGCGAGAAGAGGAAGCUGGAGGACAACGGGCCCGCGGGCGGGUACCCGCCGGUGCAGGCCGCCCAGGCAGCGCCCGCGCAGUGCUCCCCCCGCCCGGCCAGCCCCAGCCCGGCAACGCAGGCGAGUCGGCAACAAAGAAAUCAGAUUCGAAGGCAAAGAAAGCUUCCGACACACCCGGCGUCAAGAAAAAGAAAACCAGAACCACAUUCACCGCCUACCAGCUGGAGGAACUGGAGCGGGCGUUCGAGCGGGCGCCGUAUCCGGAUGUGUUCGCGCGGGAGGAGCUGGCUGUCAAACUCAACUUGUCCGAAUCCCGUGUCCAAGUGUGGUUCCAGAAUCGCCGCGCUAAGUGGAGGAAACGAGAACCGCCAAGGAAAAAUUAUAUCCCACCAGGAGGAAUGGGAGGCGGUUUGGGCGGCACAUUCAACUCCCUCAAUUCUCUGAACACCCUCUCGCCCUUCAACUCCGGGGAGGCAUGGAGUUACUCCACGUCCUACGACCCCGCUCACCUCAAUCUGCUAGGCCCCGCCUCGUACUCAUUCUCAGCCAAUCAUAACCCGGGCUACAGCUACCCAAUGCUUUCUCAGCCAGUGGGGAUCAACGAUUCCCUUUUUACAAAUCCCAUCGGCCAGAUGCGGGCGGGAGAUUUCCAGUCGUCAACGGGGAUGCGGGAUUUUGGGAGCGGCCCCCUGAAGACCUACGAUUACCUGCAGGAAGUCAAGACGGAGGAUUUUCUCCAGGAGAAGCGAGACGCCAACAUGAACAGCGUCCGCCACCAGCUGGCCCCAAAGGAAAACAAGGAUUCUUCGUACACCACGCUCCCUUCUUUUUUAAGCUAAGCCAGGAUCUUCAUGCAAGGAAGAUGGCGCGCCAACAGGAAGAUCCCCAGGCCUCCGAAGCUCACGUAUCUCAGGCCUAUACGCCCGGCAUAGCUCCGCCCUCGCAGGCCAUUAACCAAUCACCGGCGAUGCCUUCUGCGGUGGCUCCAUCGCCGUCGAUUGUCAGCCAAUCACCGGCGGGGAGUGCGGUCGCCCCGCCCCCUCCCAUCGGUGGCCAAUCAACGGCAGCCUCAGGCUCCUCCCGACCGCUCUUGUGCUGUGAUGAACCUGGGUAUGACACUGGACCCGCCCAUGGCCCCGCUCACGGCUCCGCCCAUGACUAUGAUCAGCCUUCGUCCGCCCACAAGUAUAACCCGCCGCCCUUACUCAAGCUCCCGCACGUACAUCAACCGCCGCCCAUGGACAAGUACGAGCCCCUUCCGCCUCAGCCUAAGUAUGACCUGCAUCAGCCACGCCCUGAGUAUGACUCCACCCUUCCCGUGCCUCCGCCGCCCCCGCCGCCGCCGCCGCCACGACUCACGAGUACGACCCGAUGCCGCCACAAGUCCCCGCCACAAGCGACGACGAGGCGUUGGUGUACGCGCCGAGUGUGGGCGCGGAACAGCUUGGGGAACCGCCCCCUCCUAUGCCCGAGCCGCCCAUGCCCCUAGGCUACUUCAGCCACUACGCCCUGGACACUCACGGCAGCCUCGACGCCCACGACUCGCUCGACUACAGCGUCCUGGACGCGCUGCUCGAGGGAGCGUCGUACCCGCAGCCGGGCGAGUCGUCCGGGUCGCACGAGCAUUACCACGACUAUCCUCACUACUGACACGACUCACUGCGUCGCUAUGACUGCACCUUAUUGCUUCCCUGUUAGGACGACCGUGACUACUUUUGAGCGACUGUGACUCAGCCAGCGACGAUCUUUAAUGUCGCCCAUUAAACGAAUUAUCUGACGUCAGGGGUGCCAACAUCACCGAAGAUUCAGGACAGCCGUAGCAGGUCUACCAACCCUUCCGAAGGGGCGACUAAAUUAGAUGCAGAUUUUGUACUCGCCUUCAUGAAUAUUUUUCCAUGUCUUUAUACAUAAAGAUAUAGCGUAUAGUCCGUCUUUAUUAUAUAUAUAUAAAUACAUAUCUAAGGCAACCCUUGUCCAAUGACGUGCGCUUUCUGCAUGUCAUUCGUUCGCACUCCUUAAAAGGAACGUAACUUCCAUACACUGCAACAAUUGCGUAAAGCAGUGAGGCUUUCUAUAUAACGCUUGUGCCUUUUACCCGCGUACGAUAUAAUAUCUUAUGUUAUACCAGCAGAUUCUUGAAUUCGUUCAGAUAGGUUUCUGUGGCGCCAUUUGUGUAAAACACAAUCGUGAUGUUGUUUUUUAUGAUGAUGACUAGCAUGUGAAAGGGACGACUCCGGUGCUCCCUCUGAUUGGGUUGUCAGUGUAUGUUUUAAGUCCGUUGCCUGUAUAAAGCUUCACUGUUGAAACACUGACAUAGUGUGUCUAUUAUUAUUAUUAUUAUUAUUAUUAUUAUUGUCAUUGUUAUUAUCAUUGUACUAAGGAUCUCGCUAUGACGUAACCAUAUCAGAUAUAGAUUCCUUUUUUUUCCUUUUAUUACUUGAAAACUGAAGCGUAGGUUGAACGAAACUGUUGCCAGUGUUGUUAAGUUACAGCUUUAUUUAUUGUUUAAGAUGAUACCCACCUUAUCCCUGCUUUUAUACCCAAACCCCUUAGGGAAAAAAUAAAUUGUAUGUAUGUGCCAAAUGUACCGGAAGCUCCCGCCGCCAUAUUCCAUUAUAGGCCUAUGAAAUACUCAUUUUUAUGCUCUUGUAUGUGCGCGGUGAUCCCGUAGAUUUAUUGACAUUUUUACAGACAUAUUCAUAUUUACAUACGUCCUUUAAACCACAAAGUGUAAACAGAAACAGGGCUUCCGACAUGUAAAUUUGGAAAUUAAUAAAAAUACUGAAAGGA